AUGGAGCCUUCAAAAGCAAAACACGACAACGAAGUCCAUGAAACGACUGACCAUGCCGCUGGCACCAGCUAUGUGUACGAUGGGGGCCUCGUCGACGAGGUUGACGAAGCCUACCUUCGUGCUCCGAGGUCCACAAGAUUCUAUAGAGGUGUUCUGUUCCAGAUGAUCCUCUUUGGGGCCCUUUCCUUCGUGGGCCCUGCCAUGUCCGAUGCCAUCUCCAACCUGGGAGGUGGCGGCCUCUCGACACCGUACCUGGCGAACAUGGCAACCGCACUCAGCUACAUGGCCGGGUGCAUGAUUACCGUCUUUGGCGGGCCGUUGAUCAACAAGUUCGGCAUCAAAUGGUCUUGCAUGAUCGCCGCCGUAUCGAUGCCUCUUGCCGGUUCCGCCUACUACGUGAGCGCAAAGUAUCACGUGGAUUGGUAUCUUCUUUUCGCAAGGCUGCUUGGAGGAUUCACCUCCGGAUUUCUGUACGUGGCCGAGACCGCUGCCAUGUUGUCGUACCCGGAACCCAACGACAGAGGGUUCUACUUGGGUAUUUGGUCUGCCAUGCGAAACUCUGGCAGCGUCAUUGGAGGUGCCAUUAACUUUUCGAACAACCACUCACGAGCGAAUGCGGGAGGCAUUGCGUGGUCUACCUACCUGAUAUUCGUUGGCUUCGAAUGCACCGGUGUGAUUUGGGCAGUCUUCCUGUCUCCCACCAGACGUGUGCGCCGUCGCAAUGGCAGCAAGAUCCCCAUGCCAAGCAACAUCAGCUGGAAGAAAGAGCUCAUUGCCCUCUGGAGACACCUGCAGCGCAGAAAGACGUGGCUUGUUUCUAUCCCCGCGUUCUAUUCGUUCUUCUUUGGCGGGACCAUGGGUACCUACCUCUCCCUGCACUUCUCUGUUCGGGCGCGCGCGUUGUCGUCGUUGAUUACUCCAAGCCUUACCAUUGUCAUGGUCAUUGCCUACGGAAAAUUGCUGGACACGUCCCGUUGGUCGCAGGCCAAGCGGGCGUGGAUCUCCUUCGUCUUCUGGGUCAUUCCACAGGCGGCCUGCUUCAUUUGGAUCGGCAUAGAGUACAGCAAAUUUGGAGGAGGCAAGACGGAAGAUGCCCUUGACUACGCGCUACACACCAGGAGAUGGGCGGAAGCCUACCUCCCCUAUCUCGUCAUGUUUUCCACCGGCUACUGGACUCAGCUGUCCCUGUACUGGAUUCUCGGGACGUUCUCCACGGAUGUAGGGUCGUCGUCUCGCUCGGGCGGUCUGUUCCGCGCCUUCGAAACGGCCGGCCAGGCUGUCUCGUACGCCCUCAACUCCAAGACCGGUGCCGACCCGAGAAUCCCCUUCUACAUCAACGCCGCGAUUCUGGUCGUUACGAUUCCGUGCAUGGUGUUCCUGAUCAGACUGGUCCCCGAGGUGCCUGCCACCACAGACAUAGAUGCAGCGGACGUCGUUGCUGAUGAAGAUGCAUCGGAUCCAGAUAGGAAGUAG